AUGGCGCCCUCUUUCGUGUCCAUUGACACUAGCGACGACUUCAACAUGGCCCCUCCAUCCGGGCCCGAGACACUCCACGCCCUCUUCACCACCUUCGACCGCCAGACCACCGACCUCCAAAUGCUCGACCGCCUCUCUACUGGCGCCGUCACGCUCUCUCCCAACACAUACUCCCUCGUCCUCAUCCUCACCGAGACCGAUGGCUCACGGCGGGCGGAGGCUCUCCAGCUCCUCACCCGAAACGUAUACACCGCCCUCGUGCCCGCUAUGAAGCCCGGAGCAAAGUUACAAACACAGGAUAAAGCGUUGACCGCCGCCGAGGCAAUGGAGGCCAUCAUGGCUGGCCUGGCGCAGAACGAAGCGGGUUUCGAGAAACCCAAUUUCGAGCAGGCGUCCGCCGUCCCGCUGAAGCUGGGGGGAAGGAAGAAGAAGACCGCUGCGCCGGCGGGCAUAAUGAUGGGAUUUACGACAAAUAGCACACCCGGGAAUAACCACGACCGGGAUGAUGACGAGGAGUUGAUUAAUGAGGACUCGCUUCUUGACGAGGAGGAUUUCACAAGGCCCAUCAUGCCCCCCCCAGAGUGCCAGCCCAAGACCGGUCGGAGGCGGCGAGCCUGCAAAGAUUGUACGUGUGGUCUCGCAGAUCGCCUGGAGGCAGAGGAUAAGGAGCGCCGGGAGAAUGCCGAUAAGAAUCUGAACGUGCUGAAGCUGCAGUCGGAUGACUUGACCGAGUUGGACUUCACUGUGGAGGGCAAGACCGGCUCCUGUGGAAGCUGUGCACUGGGUGAUGCUUUCCGUUGUGCAGGCUGCCCGUAUCUCGGGCUACCGGCCUUCAAGCCCGGCCAGGAGGUUCAGAUUCUGAAUGACGUCGCGCAGUUGUAG